GCCUCAGUCUUGAUUGGCUCUGGCCUAAGGCAGUAGGAGGAGACUUCCACAAUGGAUGGGACUGCUGGGGACAAAUGUUUACUAAUGCUGUCUGGCUGUGCAGGGAGGGGAAUCAGAGAGGAAAAGACCACAACACACAACAAGAAAUCCUGCAGGUACUUGGCUCUCGGGUUGGGCUAGAUCUCUUGGCUGGACUUCCUCAGUGAUAAUUUCACAUUUCGACACGUUAGCUCAGUGAAAAAAAACAACUAAUGAUUUGCUUUCAAGGACAUUGAGGACCUCAACAUGUAGCUACUUAUGAAGAGACUGGCAUAAGACAUCUCAGGACAACAUCCCAGAAACACUGUGCACCAAUGUCAGAGGAGCACUGUGACAGGAGCACAGGUCACGUGACAUAUCAGGCAUAGCAGGAAGUAAUCGCUGAAUUCUUAUCGUACCACUCUGUACAGUCAGCUGUACAGUUUUACAUUUCAGUCAUUUAGCAGACGCUCUUAGGGUUAAGCGCCUUGCCCAGAGGCACAUUGACCGAUUUUUCAACGACUCGACAGGCCCAACGCUCUUAACCACAAGGCUGCCUGCCACACAGUUCUGACCCCACGGUUUCCUACCACGCGUUCGUGAUCAGAUGCACCAUACCCACACUCCGUCACACUCCAUACCCUCUCACCCACCUAGGAGCCCUUCCAUAGCCUGGGUAGACUCUUCACCAAGGGCACCAUUGGACACUGCACCCUUCAGAAAUGACCGGUACCCAGCUCAUGAACGAUCCCACCACAAACUCUCCGUUCAGCUCUCCCAGCUCCAACUCCAUUCAGCUCCAUUCAGCUGCCAUGACAUCCCCAGUUCCCCCUUUUUCUCGGGCCACCUCAGUCCCCUCGCCUCAACUGCCUCCGGCCCUGUGGCCCCCGCUGGACUUUGCCUUAGGAGCGUUGUCGUGCUGCGGGGCCUGUGUGUUCACUAACCCCCUGGAGGUGGUAAAGACACGGCUGCAGCUGCAGGGAGAGCUGCGGGCGCGGGGGUCCUACCGGCAGCACUACCGCGGGGUGCUGCAGGCCCUGUGGGUGGUGGGGAGGACGGACGGGCUCCGCGGGCUGCAGAAGGGGCUCUCGGCUGGGCUGAUGUACCAGGGUCUGAUGAACGGCGUGAGGCUGGGCUUCUACUCUUACUGUGACACCGUGGGGGUCACUGCAGCCCCUGGAGGGAGUCUGAUGUCAGGGGCCGUGGCCGGGGCUCUGGGGGCCUUCAUCGCCUCUCCUGCCUAUCUGGUGAAGACACAUCUGCAGGCCCAGACAGUCGAGGCCAUCGCAGUGGGUCACCAGCACAACCAUCAGGGUGUGUCGAGUGCCUUCGCCAAUAUCUACCGGCGGGAGGGCGUGGUGGGGCUGUGGAGGGGUGUGAACGGAGCUGUGCCUCGAGUGAUGGUGGGAUCAGCCGCCCAACUGGCCACCUUCAGCUCCGCCAAGGAAUGGGUGGCACGCCUACAGUGGUACAGUCCAAACAGCUGGCUGGUUGCCUUGACAGCUGCCUGUAUCAGUGGAGUCGCCGUGACGAUCACCAUGACGCCGUUUGACGUCAUCAGCACACGCCUCUACAACCAGCCAGUGGAUGAGCGUCAUAGGGGUCGUCUGUACCUGGGCUUCUCAGACUGUCUGGUGAAGGUGUGCCGGACAGAGGGUCUUCUGGGGCUGUAUAAAGGUAUGGGCCCUGUGUUCUUCCGCCUGUGCCCUCACACUGUUCUUAGCAUGCUCUUCUGGGACCUGAUGAGACAACGGGCCUUUCAGGACAUCCAGAAGCAGAGCUGAAGAGAAGAGGAUAUUCAGCAAAUCUUGGAGGACACUGGAAGUUGAUUUUAAAAUGAAAACAUGUUUUUGCCUGCUGUCUUCAUCAGAGCCGGAGCUAAGACAAAAGCCUCAUAUGUUGGACAGAGUUGAAUGAAUGACCGGUCCGUUGGUAGAGACGAGCAGUAGGCGCUCUUUGUGAUGCCAGUGUGGAAAGUUGGUUGAGAGAAGGAGAGACGAGGAGAAGGAGACGCUCUCAAUUCCACAGAAUAGACUUGCACUCCCUCACUGGUUAACAGGAAGGAUACAUAAUGGCUUGAUAUACACUGAGUGUACAAAACAUUAUUGAGUUGCACCCCCUUUUGCCCUCAAAACAGCCUCAAUUCAUCUGGGCAUGUACUCCACAAGGUGUUGAAAAUGUUCCACUGGGAUGCUGGUCCAUGUUGACACCAAUGCUUCCCACAGUUGUGUCAAGUUGGCUGGAUGCCCUUUGGGUGGUGGACCCUUCUUGAUACACAUUGCAAACUGUUGAGUGUGAAAAACCCAGCAGCGUUGGAGUUCUUGACACACUCUCAAGCUGGUGCGCCUAGCACCUACUACCAAUCCCCAUUCAAAGGCAUUUAAAUAUUUUAUUUUGUCCAAUCACCCUCUGAAUGGCAUACAGUGCCUUGUAAAAGUCUUCACCCCUUGGCGUUUUUCCUAUUUUGUUGCAUUACAAUCUGUAAUUUAAAUAGAUUUUUAUUUGGAUUUCAUGUAAUGGACAUACACAAAAUAGUCCAAAUUGGUGAAGUGAAAAAAUGACUUGUUUCAAAAAAUAAAUAAAAAUUCAAAACGGAAAAGUGGUGCGUGCAUAUGUAUUCACCCCCUUUGCUAUGAAGCCCCUAAAUAAGAUCUGGUGCAACCAAUUACCUCAAGAAUUUCCCUGUAUUUAGCGCCAUCCAUCAUUCCUUCCAUUCUGACCAGUUUCCCAGUCCCUGCGGAUGAAAAACAUCCCCACAGCAUGAUGCUGCCACCACCAUGCUUCAUUGUGGGGAUGGUGUUCUCGGGGUGAUGAUGUGUUGAGUUUGCGCCAGACAUAGCGGUUUCCUUGAUGGCUAAAAAGCUAGAUUUUAGUCUCAUCUGACCAGAGUACCUUCUUCCAUAUGUUUGGGGAGUCUCCCACAUGCCUUUUGGCAAACACCAAAAGUGUUUGCUUAUUUUUUUCUGGCCACUCUUCCGUAAAGUCCAGCUCUGUGGAGUGUACGGCUUAAAGUGGUCCUAUGGACAGAUACUCCAAUCUCCGCUGUGGAGCUUUGCAGCUCCUUCAAGUUUAUCUUUGGUCUCUUUGUUGCCUCUCUGAUUUAAUGCCUUCCUUGCCUGGUCUGUGAGUUUUGGUGGGCUCUUGGCAGGUUUGUUGUGUUGCCAUGUUCUUUCCAUGUUUUAAUAAUGGAUUUAAUGGUGCUCUGUGGGAUGUUCAAAGUUUAUUUUAUAACCCAACCCUGAUCUGUACUUCUCCACAACUUUGUCCCUGGCCUGUUUGGAGAGCUCCUUGGUCUUCAUAGUGCCACUUGCUUGGUGUUGCAGACUCUGGGGCCUGUCAGAACAGGUGUCUAUAUACUGAGCGCAUGUGACAGAUCAUGUGACACUUAGAUUGCACACAGGUGGGCGUUAUUUAAUUAAUUAUGUGACUUCUGAAGGGAAACAUGUUUGUCUUCCAGAGAUUUGAGACUGGGACAGAGGUUCACCUUCCAGCAGGACAAUGACCCUAAGCAUACUGCUAAAGCAACACUAGAGUGGUUUAAGGGGAAACAUUUAAAUGUCUUGGAAUGGCCUAGUCAAAGCCCAGGCCUCAAUCCAAUUGAGAAUAUGUGGUAUGACUUAAAGAUUGCAGUACACCAGCGGAACCCAUCCAACUAUAAGGCCAGAUGCAGACACAGGAGGCAGAUGGUUUGAGUCCAAGCUGUUUAUUAACAAUCCAAAAGGGGUAGGCAAUAAAAUGGUCAUGGAUAGGCAAAAGGUCAAAACCAGUUCAGAGUUCCAGAGGUACAGAAUGGCACAGAAUGGCAGGCAGACUGGUCAGUACAGAAUGGCAGGCAGGCUCAAGGUCAGGGCAGGCAGACUGGUCAGGCAGGCAGGAAUGGAGUCCAGAAAAACAGGCAAAGGUCAAAACCAGGAGGACUGGUAAAAGAUAAUAGAAAAGCAGGCGCACGGGACAAGCAUGCUGUUUGACUUGAACAUACAAGACAAACUGGCACAGAGAAACAGGAAACACAAAGAUAAAUGAACCAGGGAAAAUAAGCGACACCUGGAGGGGGUGGAGACAAUCACAAGGACAGGUGAAACAGAUCAGGGUGUGACACCAACUUGAAGGAGCUGGAGCAGUUUUGUCUUGAAGAAUGGACAAACAUCCCAGUGGCUAGAUGUGCCAGGCUUAUAGAGACAUACCCCAAAAGACUUGCAGCUGUAAUUGCUGCAAAAGGUGGCUCUACAAAGUAUUGACUUUGGGGGGGUGAAUAGUUAUGCACGCUCAAGUUUUCCGUUUUUUUUGUCUUAUUUCUUGUUUGUUCACAAUAAAAAAUAUUUUGCAUCUUCAAAGUGGUAGGCAUGUUAUGUAAAUCAAAUGAUACAAUCCCCCCAAUCUAUUUUAAUUCCAGGUUGUAAGGCAACAAAAUAGGAAAAAUGCCAAGGGGUGUGAAUACUUUCGCAAGCCACUGUACAUGCACAAUCCAUGUCUCACUUGUCUCAAGGCUUAAAAAUCCUUCUUUAACCUGUCUCCUCCCCUUCAUCUAGACUGAUUGAAAUUGAUUUAACAAGUGACAUAAAUAAGGGAUCAUAGCUUUCACCUGGAUUCACCUGGUCAGUCUAUGUCAUGGAAAAAGCAUGAAAUGUUCCUAAUGUUUUGUACAUUCAGUGUAUAUUACUUGACUUAAAAAACUCGAUCUAUCUCAGUUUGAUUUUAUAGACACUGCAAAUUGCUGGACAGUGAUGUUGAAGGUUGAUAUGUAAGAUGAGGCUCACUCCAUGACUAAGCCUUAAGGUCAAAAGCCAAACUGUGCACUAGAAGGCCCAUUCUUGAUGAAACAAGAUUAAGUUUGGUCAGAUCACCAAGUCCAUGUAAUAUGUGCUUUUUAGUCUGGGUUAGUGACCUGGAUAAUAUUGAGCCUACAGUUUUACUUAUAUGUUUGUCUUUUCCAUGCAAUGUGUGAAAAUAAAAAUGCCUUGACUUA